CUGAUUGUAUGGUGGUAGUGAUGUGUAGUUCCUAAUAUUCUACUCAGAGGGCCGCUAUAUACCAAGGGCUGUAUCACCCCCUGGCUCGCCCACAACGAGCAAUCAAAGAAAGAAAACAUUCCCCCUCGUUUUUGUGCACAGUCACAUUCCUGCUGGAUUAUAUUCGACAUUCACAGAAUAUCGUUUAGAUAAAUUCACUUAUUUCCUUUAUUCGGUGACUGUGAUUACAAGAAUUACAGCAUGGCGCUCGGAUUGGGGGGCUUUCGGUAUACAGACGCAGUGAUGUGGCAGUCGUUAUUGUUUUUCAUCUUGCUUUCUUCUCGCUCCGCGCUCGGGCAAAUCAGUUACUCGAUAUCGGAGGAAAUGCCGAAAGGAUCGAUGGUUGGAAAUAUUGCGCAGGAUUUGGGAUUAGAUUUAAAACGACUAAAAUCUGGAAAGGCGCGUGCAUUUUUCGGGGAUAACCCGGAAUACAUCGAGCUGAAUAAAGACAGAGGUAUGCUUCUUAUAAAAGAAACAAUAGAUCGUGAGUUUCUGUGCGCUAAAGCAACGUUGUGUGCCUUACAUCUCCAAAUGAUCCUUGAGAAUCCGAUAGAAAUGUAUACAAUUACUGUAGAAGUCACUGAUAUUAAUGAUAAUUCUCCACUUUUCCAAACGGAGGAAAUUCGUUUUGAAAUAAGCGAGGCAGCAAUACCGGGGGCGAGAUUCAUGUUAGAAAGAGCAAUGGAUGCCGAUGUCGGUAUUAAUGACCUUCAGAGCUACUCACUUAAACCAACAGACCAUUUUGUUUUGGAAUUAGAAAAUCAUGCAGAUGGAGGUAAAAGUGUACAAAUGAUAUUACAGAAACCACUCGACAGAGAAAAACAGGAAAAGCUUACAUUAUUGUUAACAGCUAUGGAUGGAGGUGAACCAGCCCUGUCUGGUACUGUACAGAUACACGUGAAUGUAUUGGAUGUUAAUGAUAAUGCUCCAGUCUUUAUGCAAAAAGUCUAUAAAGCAUCAAUAAUUGAAAACUCACCCAAAGGCUCUAAAUUGACAGCAGUGAGUGCAUCUGAUGCUGAUGAGGGAAUAAAUGGACAGGUGACUUAUUACAUUUCAAACACAGAUAAAAAUGUAAAAGAUUUAUUCAUUAUAAAUCUAAAUAGUGGCGAAAUAACUCUGAAUGGGCACAUUGAUUAUGAAAAAACAACUCAUUUUCAAUUUGAUAUUCAAGCAAAGGACCAAGGAGGACUCUCCGAUUCCUGUAAAAUUAUGAUUGAUGUUUUGGAUAUAAACGAUAACAAACCAGCUAUCACCAUUCUCUCUAUGUCUACUUCUAUAUCGGAAGAGUCUCCACCUGGCACAAUUAUUGCAAUGAUUAAAGUAAAUGAUCCUGAUUCAGGUGCAAACGGACAAGUUCACUGCACUGUAAGUGAACAUAUCCCAUUUAUCAUCAAUUCACCAUCAAAUAAUUUCUUUAGCAUGCUCACAGUUCAUGAGCUGGAUAGAGAGAGAGAAGCUGAGUAUAACAUCACUGUGACUUGCUCUGAUGAGGGACUUCAUCACUAUCCACCAGCACUUCUCUCCAUUUACACAUAUCAGAUGUAAAUGACAAUGCUCCUGUUUUUGAGAGAAAUAAUUACGAGGCCUAUGUGUUGGAGAACAACACACCCGGUCUCUCUAUAUUUACAGUGAAGGCUAGCGACACAGAUGCUAAACAGAAUGCUCGAG